GAGUGAUGCUGCCCAUACAGACCCCCUUCCCCUCCCUCUGGCGCUCUCUCCAGCCCGUGGCCCGAGUCACUGCUCCAGGAUCCCGCGUUGUUGGGAAGGUGCUCCUAAACACGCGGGUGAUUCUGAGCGCGAUCACUUACACCGCCCCGUAGAACGCGGCUGCAUAAAAAUAUGUGCACUGUCUCUUUAAGAUCCCUUCGUUGGCCCGCUGCGUAUUGAUCAAUCCACCAUUUUCCAGCGCACAGCACUCAGCGGCGGCGGCGGAGAGAGAAAGCCCUACCUGGAGACGCCAGGCAGGACCGGGGGCAGUCAUGGCAGCCAACAUGUACCGGGUCGGAGAUUAUGUUUACUUCGAAAACUCCUCCAGUAACCCACUGCUGAUCAGGCGAAUAGAGGAACUCAACAAGACGGCGAAUGGGAACGUGGAGGCCAAAGUGGUGUGUUUCUACCGACGCAGAGACAUCUCUACAACACUCAUCGCCCUUGCUGAUAAACAUGCACGAGAAAUGGAAGAGGAGAUGGAGAACCCUGAAAUAGUGGAUCUCCCAGAGAAACAGAAGCAUCAGCUGAGACACAGAGAGCUUUUCCUCUCUAGACAGCUGGAGUCUCUGCCUGCGACACACAUCAGGGGGAAAUGCUGUGUUACACUUCUGAAUGAGACGGAAGCCCUCAAGUCCUAUUUAGACAGAGAGGUGAGUGUCACAGAUGAUGGUCGGGAGCUGGAAAAACUGGAGGAGGUGGUGUGGGAUCCCAGCAUCCCCCUCACCGAGAAACAGAUCGACCAGUUCCUUGUCGUGGCUCGUUUGUCAGGAGAGGAUGAUGGUCGGGAGCUGGAAAAACUGGAGGAGGUGGUGUGGGAUCCCAGCAUCCCCCUCACCGAGAAACAGAUCGACCAGUUCCUUGUCGUGGCUCGGUCUGUGGGUACGUUUGCGCGGGCUCUAGACUGCAGCAGUUCAGUUCGGCAGCCCAGUCUGCACAUGAGCGCUGCGGCAGCCUCCAGAGACAUCACACUGUUUCACGCCAUGGACACGUUGCAUAAGAACGGCUAUGACAUGACACGGGCCAUCGCGGCGCUGGUACCCCAGGGUGGGCCGGUGCUCUGCCGGGAUGAAAUGGAGGAAUGGAGCGCGUCCGAAGCCAACCUGUUCGAGGAAGCGCUCGAGAAAUACGGCAAAGACUUCACUGAUAUCCAGCAAGACUUUCUUCCUUGGAAGUCUCUGACCAGCAUCAUUGAGUAUUACUACAUGUGGAAGACCACAGACAGAUACGUUCAGCAGAAACGAUUAAAAGCAGCCGAGGCUGAGAGCAAGUUAAAGCAGGUUUACAUCCCAAACUAUAACAAGCCCAACCCUAACCAGUUGAGCGUGAACAGUGUGAAGCCAGGGCUUGUGAAUGGAGCAGGGGCUCUUCCGGGAUCACCAGGCCAGCCGGUCGGAUUGGGCAGAGCAUGCGAGAGCUGUUUCACCACUAGCUCGUAUCAGUGGUACUCAUGGGGGCCGCCCAACAUGCAGUGCCGACUGUGUGCCUCCUGCUGGACUUACUGGAAAAAGUACGGAGGUCUGAAGAUGCCAACCAGACUGGAUGGAGAGAGGCCUGGACCCAACCGCAACAACAUGAGUCCUCACGGUCUGCCCGUGAGACAUAGCGGAAGCCCAAAGUUUGCCGUUAAGACCAGACAGGCUUUCUACCUGCACACGUCUCAGCUGACGAAAGCUGCUCGACGCGUCUGCCAGGACCUGUUGAGAUCCAGAUAUUUGGCCAGACACCCGUACAUACCUGUCAACACUACCGCUAUCAAAGCUGAGUUUGCCAUCAGGUUGCCAGAUAUGUCCAAAAAGCCUCCAUCUCUAAAGCAGACCGUAAGGAAGCCUUUAGAGUCAGUGGUUAGAUAUCUGGAGGCCCACCCCUGCCCAACCAAAUCAGAUCCUCCACGAGGAGCCACCAUUUCCAUGGGCAGCCUGACGCCCAUCAAAUCCACGCCCAUCCUCAACAAUGGCUCCCCCACCAUCCUGGGCAAACGCAUCUACGAGCAGCACAACGGUUUGGAUGGGUCCAAACCCAAAAUUCUGGCUCCUCAGUGGGAAAUAAUGGCCAAGAGGGUGUCUGAAGCAGGUCGAACUCCCUCUGGCCUGCAGGAUGAGGUUCACGAGCUGGACUGACCUCUGCUUUGACAACUGACUGCUACACUCUGAGCAGUUGAGCAGGUGACUCGAGAGAUUUUUUCAGCUCUCAGCGACUGAUGGACCUAAGAACGGAUCUGCGGUCAGAAAGCCCUGUCCAGGUGGCCCAUUUUUACAGCUGAAGCCAUUGAAAUGACUGCAAAGCCCUGACAUUUCCAUGGGUUAAAACAGCCUGAAGCGCUCUGUUUUUUGCAGCCUGUGGCCAAUCGCAGGACUGACCUGAUUGUACAGGACUGAUUAUUAUUAUUAUUUACCAUCGGCUGUUACUUCUGUCAUUGUAAUUAUAAUUAUUAUAAUUACAAUUAUUAUUACUGUUCUUUUUUUAUCAAGUAUAACCAUUUUCUUUCUAAUGACUUGAGAAAAUGUAAGAAUCUUGAACGUUUCUUGAAACAACGUCCUUCCAAACCAUAAUGUAAAGGUGGGACGAACUGUCAUUUUUGUCUCUUGCGUUGUUUUGUAACAUGUCUGCUCCGAGCUGAUGUGAAGGACUAUAUGACUUCUGUUUCUCUUUAUUUGGAUGCUUGUUUUCUCCGGUUCUGUUAGCCCGUCCUGCCACAGUGGUUUAAAUUAUUCAGAAAGACAACGGAACGUUCUUUUUCUACCUUUUUCACGAGUAUUGCAACUGCUCCUAUGUAAUUUCUCUUUUGUGAAUAUGUAAAUGAAAACAGGAGGGAGGUGUUAUUGUACAGUGGCGCAUUUUGGGCCUUUGGUGGUUAUCAAAGCUUGUUGUAAUGGAUUUGCCAUGCACAGCGUAUUCUUUGAAAUGUCUUUUUGUAAGGAAACCUCCCUAGCUCUCACUUGCAUAUACAGAGAGGUGAUGGGAAAUCUGAAAAGGUACAACCCCAUUAAUACAAUGAUGCACCUUCUUAAGAAUGAGCUUGUAUGAGAGUGUGGUUUUUGAGUUAUUCCUCAC